UAAACACUAUACAGCAAGUAUUUACUCACUGGCGAAUUACAGUGAGGCUACUAUCUACCAAUCAGGAGCGGAAUAGAGCCGUCCUAUGAGAAGGCGCGUUUCCCCCGUGCAGCAGGAAGUGUGAGCGCAGAGUGUGUGCCGCUGCUGCGCCAGCAGGAACCCGGCCGUGGCUGCCUGUGUAACCCCUGCAGUGCCGGUGAGCAGACCGGGGCAUCUGCGCCUGUAAGAUCCCGGAAUAGACUGUGCCUUCCGGUUCAUUGCACGGAAAUGGCAGACCAUGUGGCAGCUACUACUGCCUGCCCUAUCAUGGGUGAGGGGACCACUGUCAUCUUACAUCUUUACCCUGCACCCCAGAGUGGAUCAGAUACUGAGGAAGAGGUGACCCAUUUGAACGUUGGCCCUUUGAAAUACUCAACUACCUUAACGAACCGGCAGCGAGGAAACAUGGUAUCUGUAUUGCCUGCAACACUUGACUCCCUGUCCAUACAGCAGCUUGCAGCCCAGGGGGAACUGACACAGCUAAAGGAAUAUCUGCAAAAAGAUGAUACACUGUUAAACCGACCAGAUGAGCGAGGCUUCACUCCUCUAAUGUGGGCUGCAGCAUUUGGAGAGAUAGAGACUGUGCGUUAUCUCCUAGAAUUGGGUGCUGACCCACACGUCCUGGCCAAGGAGCGAGAAAGUGCCCUGUCCCUAGCAAGCACCGGAGGAUAUUCAGAUAUUGUCACUCUGCUCCUCAACAAGAAAGUGGACAUUAAUAUAUAUGAUUGGAAUGGAGGCACGCCAUUACUGUAUGCAGUGCGAGGGAAUCAUGUGAAAUGUGUGGAGGUAUUGCUAGAGCGAGGUGCUGACUUAACUAUGGAGGCAGAUUCUGGAUACACCCCAAUGGAUCUCGCUGUGGCACUGGGUCAUAAAAAAGUUCAACAGGUCAUUGAAAAUCACAUUCUGAAAUUGUUUCAGAACAAAGCGUGACACACAGUGGAUGGAGGAAUAGGAUUUGUCAGUGUUGUCUUCAUCUGAAUAACCAUGCUGAAAGAACACGUCUUUAGUGUCUCUAAAUGACCAUUUAGCAAGAUGA